AUGCAAGAGACCGUUUUUAAGACGACUUUUGUCUAUGAAGAAGAGAAGAACGGAAACUUUGAUCGUUUUUUGGCAGUCCGAUGUCCUAAGAUGGACAAUCCAGCAAUCACAGUCAAGGGUAGGGGACAUUUUGCCUGCCUUCAUUGGGUUGGCCUGUUUCUUCGAACGACCAAAAACAAUACCAACAAGUUUAUCGCUGUGAGGACUACCAAUCGACUGCUUCCCGACUAUGCACAACGCAACUUGAACAAAGGUUACGACUGGUAUGAAGAGGAUGGUCCCGCCGAUAUAACUGAUCGCACUGUGACCCUCUUCCCCAAACAACUGUACGGGACCAACGGUAGUGAGAGGAAACUCUAUGAUGAAUUUGUUACCAGAAGUCCAAACAAUAAAAUCGGCGAACAUCAUUUCGAGAUGGUCAACCAGAUGAUAAAAGAAGGGGCAGCGUUGUGGGCCUACAAAUACAUGUGGGCUGCCAGUGGAAUGACCUAUGUCAAAACUGAGGUGGACACUAGUGCCCCAAUAUAUGACACUGAAUGGUUGAAUUAUGUGACAGGGAUCAAACUGACACAAGAGCCAUUGAAUGGUUGGACUGUACUCCUCACAAUUUUCACAAGUGUCGCUAAGGUCGCGGGGGUAUACUCAGUGGAAGCCUUGCUGGAGUGGUAG